CGACUCUAUUUUAUGCACUCUGCAACAGCAAAUGUCGCAUCGCCGACAUCAACACCUGCACAUACUGCUGGAAAUGGUGAGGGUGGUGACAGUGACACUGAGGCGGAAGAGGCUCUAUUGACAGCCACAGACUUUCGCUGUCCGAAGCCACCUCCGUUCGAAAGCUUUGAUUACUUUGUGGAUCAGCCAUCGAAGCAUCGUGACACUCUUCUAGUGGGUCCGACCUGGAGUCUGGACAAGUCCGAUCCAGCUCACUAUCGUCCCCGCACCACCGUGUUGAUAGGGUGGCUCUUGGUCAUUCUGGCAGGGCUCCUCGUUGGCGUACUCAGAGCGGUCAUUCUGAUAGGGUCUUACUGGCUCUAUCGAGGCCGCCUUAUCGCUAUGAUAGCGGCUAUCGCCAGUGAAGGCCUUGGCUUAGCAUUGAUCGUCUGGCUUGUUAUCGGCGUGAGUCUGGCGACGCUCAUUGGAGCCCUUGUUGCCUAUGUUGAGCCGCUAGCUGGUGGAAGUGGCAUUCCUGAUGUGAAGACGUAUUUGAAUGGCAUCAUCCUCCCCAGACUACUCAAGUUCAGAGCGUGUGCGCUGAGGGUUGUUGGUCAGAUUGUGGUCGUUGGUGUCGGUUUUUACGCUGGUAGCGAGGGUCCGAUGGCUCACCUGGGAGCGAUCGUUGGAGCCGCGGUGGCGCAGAUGCACGUUCGUAACGUGUUCCAACUUAGAGCGUUGUUGCCAUUCUCGAGUCACAGGAUUAAAUACGAGUUCAUAUCUAUUGGAACUGCGAUGGGAGUUGCCGCAGCAUUCCAAGCACCACUCGGUGGUAUUCUCUUUUCCCUCGAGGAAGCGUCUACGUAUUGGCGAGCCGAGACGACUUGGCGGGCGUUUUUCGGCUGCAUUAUCGCCAGUUUCACGGCUAAACAUUUGUCGGCUCUGGUGAACUGCUCUAACCCAUUCGACUGCUAUACAGUGCAUGCAUACUUGGAAGCUUCAGGAGCUGAUAGAACAUUCAGAGUGUGGGAGUUGUUUGUUUGUGCCCUUAUCGGUGUACUCUUUGGAUUAUUGGGAGCCCUCUUCUGUGCCGGAGUUAAACUUAUACAGUCAAGGCGGCGUGCCUGGUUCCACCUCUUCUCGAUGGGUCGCGACCGCAGAAGAGCCUGGCGAGUGAUAGAGGUCAUUGUCGUUAUACUCAUGACCAUUCUGCUCUCUUUUGGCCUCUCCUGGGCAUUCUUCUACGAAUGCAACCCUGUGGUACCUGACGCUAUCGUAACUGAUGACGACAUUGCAGGAGCUAUGUGUGACGAAGGACUCAGUGGCGGGAGCGUGAAUCCCCUCGCUGCUUUACUCGUAUCGUCUCGUGAUGAGGCUAUACGUUUGCUCUUUUCCCCAUAUAUGGGUGAUAGUGAGUAUACGCCUGGUGUGCUGAUACUUGCCGCUGUUGUUAUUUUCGUCCUCACAUCACUGACGUAUGGUCUUGCGAUCCCUAUGGGCCUCUUUAUUCCCAAUAUAAUGAUGGGUGCGUGUGUUGGUCGGCUGAUAGGUAUCUGGAUGCACCCCCUGGGAGGAUCAGUGGGCUCCUAUGCUGUUAUCGGUGCUGCUGGUAUGCUCGCUGGUUUCUCUAGAAUGACUAUAAGCCUGACUGCCAUCGUUGUUGAGAUCACUGGAGAUCUACAACAGCUCCCCUAUAUUAUGAUCACUGUCAUUGUGGCGAAGCAAGUAGCUGAUCUGUUCCUCAAAGGUGCUUAUGAUCUUGUACUGGAAGUUCGACAGGUUCCUUACUUAGAGGAGCUCGAUUCUUACCAUGAGUACGCAAUGAGGGGUAAGAGCAUAUCAUCAGCAAUGUCGCCCGCGCCUCUCACGAGCUUCAGCACAGUAGAGACAUUCGAGAGAAUUCAUACAGUCCUCACAAAGUCUGAGCAUUGCGCGUUUAUCGUCGAAAGUAGGGGUAAGCUCCGUGGCUUAGUUUCACGUCGAGCGAUAGAAGACUACUUAUGGCGACAUGGCCCAGUAUCACGAAAUGAGGUCUUGGAUUUGGUGGACCUCGCCAAUCGUUGCCCUCUAACAGUUCCGGCAUCCUUCCCCCUCGACAAAGCAUAUAACUUGUUCAGACAGUUGGGUCUGAGACAUCUCCUUGUGGUUGCAGUAGAGGAGUCGGACCGAGUUGUCGGAAUUGUGUCUAGAAAGGACCUUUUCCUCGCACUGAUGUACUGUGAAGAGGAGCCUCCCGUCGAGCUCCAACAGUGUACUGCUUCGGCGGGCUCGACUGUGUCGCCGAGCUCGUAGGAGGUUCAGCUCGUUGUCGAUCAAGAUUCUCACGAGAGUGUCAUGAUCAUGAUGAUCAUCUAUUCUCUAUAUAGUAUUACCUCGCAUAGUGAAGGCUUCAUGCCAACUUUUUUUGCGCUUUGAUGCGCUCCUCACACCCGCAUCAGCGGGAAUGUCAUAAUACAUCGUUGAAUUGACGAACAUUCGUUCAGAGUAUUCUCCUAUCCC